AUGAAAGCAUUGAACAGUUUAGGACGUUUAACCCGUCUACGUGAUCUACUGAAGGCUAGACAGUUACAAGCGUAUAUUCUUCCAACAGAAGAUGAACAUUUCAAUGAGUAUGUGUCUGAUGCAGAUCAACGUUGUGCAUUCAUAUCUGGAUUCACUGGUUCAUCUUGCUCUAUUGUUAUCACUUUAGAUAAAGCUGCUUUAUGGACAGAUGGUCGAUACCAAUUGCAGGCUUCAAAUGAAUUAGAUGAAAAUUGGACAUUAUUUCGAAAUGAUCUAUCUGAAUCGCCUACAAAAGCUAAAUGGAUUGUUUCAUCUACACCACCAGGAUCAUAUAUCGGUUAUGAUGGUAGACAAAUACCCUAUACAGGAAUUGAAACAAUACAAAAAGAGUUAACUAAUGCUGAAGCUGAAAUAGGCAUUUUACCAAUUUGUUCAGGGAAUAAAAAUUCUCAAAGUCGACAAUUAAUUGAUAUACCGAAUAUAAAUUUAAUCGAUUUAGUUUGGCAGUCAAUGUCUGAAUUACAGAUUGAAAAUGUUCAUCGACCUAUACGUUUAUCAAAUCCAUUGAUAUUUAUUCCACAAUCAUUUACUGGUUCAAGUUUUCAACAAAAAAUAAAUUGUGUUAGAAAUAUAAUGCAAAUGAAAGGUGCUCAAAUGUUAAUUCUUACUGCAUUAGAUGAAAUUGCUUGGUUAUUCAAUUUACGUGGAAGUGAUAUACGCUAUAAUCCAGUAUUUUUUGCAUAUGUUAUUUUAAGUAUGAAUAAGGUUGAUUUAUUUUUAAAUUCAAAAACUGUUAGUCAAACUCAAGGAUUACAAGAUUACCUUAAGGAUGAUGAAUGUGAAGUAAAUAUUCAUGAGUAUUCUGAGUUUUUCAAUUACCUGGAGAUGAUUGUUCAAAAUACAAUGGAAAAACAACAACCACCAUCGCUGUCGCCGCCUCCACCACCACCACCACGUAUAUGGCUUGAUUUAAUCGCUAGUCAAGCAAUUGUAUCUAGAAUUCCAGAAAAUCAACGUUUAAUUGAUAUCUCACCUGUGAAUGAAAUGAAAUCAAUAAAAUCUUUAUCAGAAUUAAAUGGAAUACGUGAAAUUCAUAUUACUGAUUCACUAGUUCUGUGUGAUUUCUUGGCUUGGUUAGAAGAUGAGGCUAACAAAACUACUACACUACUACUACUACGCGUACCAAUGAAAGACAAAAAUGGUGCAGGUCUACCAAUUUUAAAACCACCAGCUAUUUUAACUGAAACAUCAGCUGCUAAAUAUUUAGAUGAUAUGAGAUCACAGGCUAAAGAUUUUGUCAGUCUUAGCUUCAGUACAAUAUCAUGUGUUGAUGCAAAUGGUGCAAUUGUACACUAUCAUCCUGUUGAAGGUCAAGAUUUACCUAUCACCAAGUCAAGUAUCUACUUAGUUGAUUCUGGUGGUCAAUAUUUAACGGGUACAACGGAUGUCACACGGACAAUACAUUUGAAUGAGCCUACAUUAGAGGAAAAGAAUUGUUAUACAGCUGUUUUAAAAGCUCAUAUUUCACUUGCUAUGCAGGCCUCUUUUUCUUUAAUUAUCUCAAAUAAUUUAUCAUACCUUUGUAGCACAGUCAUCAAACCAACUGUAUGCAUAUCAAAUUCAUCCAUGGUGUUUGGUGAUAUUCUACCCUUACCUGCAUGUACAGAACCGUAUGCAUUUCAGGUUGCCGGUCAUUCCCGGGAAAAUUCAGGUAACUUUGAAAUACUCAGGGAUAAAUCUAGACCAUUUGUGUACAAAUCAUUACAAGAUUGCUCCAGAGGGAUGCGUGAAGUGAUAUUCUAUGAACGUGUAUUUUCACCGGAUGCUCCAGAGGCAUUUAAACUUCUUCGUCACUACAUUCCAACUUAUCAUGGAAUAUUUCAAUGCCCAUCAACUAAAGCUUACUACAUUGGUUUAUCCGAUCUGGUAGCUAGUUUUAAACAACCAAAUGUAUGUGAUUUCAAGAUGGGUACAGUCACGUAUUUUCCUGGUUCUCCUGAAGACAAGAUUGCUCGAGAGCAGUUUAAAUAUGCAUGGCGUCGUAAACUAGGCUUCCUAUUAUCUGGUAUGCAGGUUUAUGAUACAAGAACUCAUUGUUCAGUCAAAGUGCCUAAAUCAUUUGGGCGCAGUUUAACUCCAGAACAAGUCUAUUCAGUUGGUUAG